AUGUCUAGUGUACCUUAUAAUUCCCAGCUUCCUAUAUCCAACCAUUUAGAUUACGAUGAAGAGGAAAAGAAGAGCAGAGGCUCAAAAUCAGGUUUGAAAUAUAAGAUAAUAUACUGGAGGAAAACGUUAAGGAAUUCUUUAGCGAGAUGGAGAAAACCAAUACUGCUAAUAUCUUUAGCUUUAUUUUUAUUCAUAUGGAUAAGCGAUUCCUCCAUAAGCGGAGGUCCAUCUACUACAAGUUUUCAAGGCCAAAAUAGUAACGAUAACAAGUUGAGUAACCCUGGUUCUAGCCUCAAUUCCAAAAGAUAUGUACCACCGUACUCAAAGAGAUCGAGAUGGUCGUUUUGGAACCAAGAUCCUAGAAUCGUCAUUAUAUUAGCGGCAAACGAAGGUGGUGGUGUAUUGAGGUGGAAAAAUGAACAAGAGUGGGCUAUCGAAGGUAUAUCAAUAGAAAAUAAGAAGGCUUAUGCGAAGAGACAUGGCUACGGGUUAACUAUCAAGGAUUUGACGACAUCCAAAAGAUACUCCCACGAAUACAGGGAAGGCUGGCAAAAGGUAGAUAUAUUAAGGCAAACCUUUAGGGAGUUUCCCAAUGCGGAAUGGUUCUGGUGGUUGGAUCUGGAUACUAUGAUAAUGGAGCCCUCCAAAUCACUAGAAGAACAUAUUUUUGACAGAUUGGAAACUUUAGCCGACAGAGAAUUGAAAAGUUUUAAUCCUUUAAACCUCAAAGACGACAUACCCUACGUUAAUUAUUCGGAGGAAAUGGAAUUUUUAAUAACUCAAGAUUGUGGUGGCUUCAACCUGGGCUCAUUUUUGAUAAAGAAUAGCGAGUGGUCUAAACUGCUUUUAGAUAUGUGGUGGGACCCCGUCCUGUAUGAACAAAAACAUAUGGUCUGGGAACAUAGAGAGCAGGAUGCAUUAGAGGCAUUAUACGAAAACGAACCAUGGAUUCGUUCGAGAAUAGGAUUUUUGACCCUAAGAACGAUCAAUGCAUUCCCACCGGGAGCAUGCUCUGAAUUCAGUGGUGAUUCAAGAUAUUUUUACAGUGAGAAAGACCACGAUUUUGUUGUGAAUAUGGCUGGAUGCAAUUUUGGCAGAGAUUGCUGGGGCGAGAUGCAGUACUAUACCACUUUAAUGGAAAAACUGAAUAGAAAAUGGUAUACAAGGUUUUUCUUCCCAUAG